AAGGCAGGCACAGUACCACCGAGCUAAAUCCCCGGCCUUGUUUUGUUUUUUGUUUGUUUUUGAAACAGGGUCUCAGUAAGUCACUAAAUUGCCCAGGCUGAGUUCAAACUUUUUUUGAGACAGGCUUUGUGGUGCAAGCUGGCCCUGAAUUUAUGUAGCCCAAGCUGGCCCUGAACUUACAGUGAUUAUUCUGCCUCAGCCUCUGUCUUGUCACAAGUUCAGACUUUAUUUUUCCUACAGGACUGCAGAGAGUAUACUCUUGUUUGUAUCAAAAUUGGAGAAAGAAACUGGACACAGUGGUGCACACCUAUAAUCCCAGCACUCUGGGAAGCUGAGGUAGAAAGAUCACAAAUUCAAGCCCAGCUUGAGCAACUUAUAGAGACUCUGUCUCAAAAACUAAAGAAAGAAAAGAAAGGCUAGGGAUGUAGCUCAGUGCAGAGGUUCUAGGUUCAAUCCCCCAGUUCUGGGGGAAAAAAUGGAGAAAUGAAAGCUAGACUAGAAAGUUCAUGUUUCACGGAAAGGGAGGAAGCAUAUUUUUUGUAGCAACAGAAAUGAUUCCUAGCUCAGCUCACUCUACACAUUUGAGUUGCCUGCCUGACACUUAAAGGUAACCCCAUAUCCAGCAGGUCAUAUUUAUCAGAAUAGGCUAACUUGAUGUAACAAAUAGACCCCAGAACAUAAUGGCUCAUAUGUAACAGAAACUUACUGUCAGUUUCUUCACAGAUCUGAAGAUGUUCCAGGUCUGUGGACAGCUCUCCUCCAAGGCUACAUCAUCCCAUGCGUGAGAUUGGCAGAGGGAGAGAAUGAUACUUUAUAGUGGAUGGAAACCUGCCUUAGUGCAAAGUAGCGCAGGUCACAUCCAUUCACAGCCCAUUGGUGGGAACUAGUUACAUGACUGCAUAGCACCUCAAGGAAGACUGGGAGCUGUAGUUCUAGCUGGACCCACAUGCCGCAGAUCUAACUCUGUUAUGGAAGGGCUGAACUGAUUUUGGUGGGCAGCAAGCAAACCAUGUCUACUUUACAUGAAAAUGCUGAGAGGCUUCUUCCAGCAUUAAGAUCCCAGGGACCCCUGAGUCUCCCUUAGCCAAAUCACAAAUAUGCCUGAGAUUGUAGACUUCAACAAAUUCCAUCCACUUCUUCCAGGUAUGGAUAAAUUGGGGCAGAUCAUCUCCUUAGGCCAGCAAAUCCUGAAGCAGUGGGAAGAGUUCAAAUACUGCCAGAAUCAGAGCCAGCGUCUGCGGGACCACGUAAGUGGGCUCCUUCAGGUUCUGCAGUGGCUCCAGGACCAAGGAACAAGGAACUUGUCCCCUGAAAUAACUGCUGUCCUGGAUAACUUCCAAAAUGCCCUGGAGAAAGCUAUGGAGAAGAUGGAAAAAUUCAACACUCAGACCAUUUUCAGGAAGGUUCUAAUGCCAGGUAGUAACAAGAUACUCUUCAAGGAAGUCAACCAGAUGCUGAGAGAUGUCUGGGAGGUGUUCAUGCUGCAACUUCAGAUUGAUCAACAUGUGUGUAUUUCAAGCAUCAGCAAAGGAGAAUUCUGGCCACAGGAAGAUCAGAGUGAUGCAGAGAAGGACAGACGAUUCUUGCUGGCUUUCCAAAGCCUGAAAGAGGUUAAGAGCUGCCUGCCCCGCGCGCGGUCUGCGUGCCUGCACGCCCGCUUCAGCGCCUGGACGUUGGCCUGGAGGCGCUGCUGCCGCGCCGCCGCCACCGUGGUCCUAGCGCCGCUCGGCUUCGUGCGGCGCGAGCCCCCCGGCGCUCGGGACGCCCCGGCGCCACCCCACGGCCGUGCACUGCGAAAGCUGCCGGUGCACGUACGACUGGUGCUGACCGAGGACGAGCGCAGCCUGCCGGAUAUGACAAGUUUGGUGGUGUGGGCCAUGGCAGUGGACAUCUCAUACAUCAGCGUGUACGACCACCAAGCCAGGUUUACCCCUCACCAAAUAGUGAGGAAGCAUUUCCACAAGGAGAUCAGCCACAUGAGGAAGUUUGACUCUCCCAAUAUCCUUACAUUCGGGAUUUGCAUUGUUGAAAGAGGAAGUUCACCUCAAUUCUGCAUGGUCAUGGAGUAUUGUGAGUGCAGGAGCCUGCGGGACGUGCUGGAUGAGGACAGGAACCUCCAGCUGGGUCUGCGCAUCCUCCUAGCCCUGGGAGCAGCCAAAGGCUUUUACUGGUUACACCACUCCGGAGGCCCGCACCUCCAAAGAAACAUCAGCAGCUCCAGUUUCCUGGUCACCAAGAGCUACGGAAGUGAAGGAUUUGAGUUGAGAGAAGCACAGACUUCCAUCAGCCAGAAAAUUAAGGAGACUAAAACAGCAUACAUCUCACCCCAGAGACUGAACAAUCCAUUUCAUAAAUACGACAUUAAAGCUGAAAUAUACAGCUUUGGAAUUGUUCUCUGGGAAAUUGCCACUGGGAGGAUCCCAUUUGAAGGCUGUAAUUCUAAGGAGAUCUGCCAGCUGGUGUGUGAGAAGCAGCUGCAGCAGAUGCGGAGUAAAGACUGCUCUCCCCUGCUGCAGGAGGUCAUUGAUGAGUGCCAGGCCUACGAGCCUUCUGCGUGGCCCUCCAUGGACAGUAAAGCUCUUCCUACUGAGAGGGGCAUGAGUCCUGUGUUUCUUUCACAGUUGUGAAAGAUUUUUGUUUUGAUUGAUUGAUUGAUUUUGGUUUUUUGAGACAGGACCUUGCUGUUAGUUCAGGGUGGCUUUGAACUCACUAUGUACCUCAGGCUGGCUUCAAACUCACUGUGAUCCUCCUGCCUCAGCCUCCUGAGUGCUGGGAUUACAGGUAUGCACCAUCACACCAGCCAGAUUUUGUUUUUACAAGCUCCAAGAGAGUAAUUUACAUUGAGGGGUAAGUUUGCCCACCCACAGACUUUUGGCAAUGUCUCAGGACACUUUUGACAGUUACAACUCAGGGGUGGGGAGUAUAUUCUUGGUGUCUAAGGGAUGAGAGGCCAGGAAUCAGCCUGGCAGGUGCUGCUCACUUGUAACCCCAGCCCUCUGGGAGGCUGAGGGAGGAGAUUGCAAGUCUGAGCCUAGCCUUGGUGACUUAGCAAGACCCUGCCUCAAAAAAAUUGAGGGCUGGGGAUUUAGCUCAGUGGUUCCGACACCUCCCUCACAAGCACAAGGUCCCAAGUUCGAUCCCUGGUACCAAAAAAAAAAAUUGAAAAGAUGUAGGAAUGUAGUUCAAUAUGAUGCCCCUGGGUUCGAUCCCCAG